AUGAACGUUGCAGAUAGAGGAAUGCAUAUUAUUCUCAUGUAUUUGAGAAUGAAUGCUUAUACAAUAUUAUCAAUUUAAAUGCUUACCAAGGUUAAUCAAAUAUGUUCAAGUAGAAAUAACCUAAAAUUUAGAUGAUGGAGAAUAAUUUUUAUCUGUUUCUGUAAAGGGUGCAAGUUUCAUGAUUAUACUGAAUUUAACAGCAUUUAUUUAUGUGAAAGCAAAAGAGAAAAUGCAGGUUUCUGAUAAUUUUUUGUUGGCUUUCUUAAACAUAUGUUGGGGAAUCAUUGAAUUUAUGAAGAGUUAUCAGACUACUGAAAUCAAUUUGAAUGAAUGCGAAUAUGUUAUUAAUAUUUAACAAAUCACAUUUUACUUUUAGGCUACUACUGCAUUAUUGGUAACUAAAUGAAAGUGACUUAGGUUGUAUUAGCAUUCUUUUUCAGUUAAAUUAUCAUAAGAAUAACUAGUUUACCAAUAAGCUGUGUUUCUUUAUAUUUGAUAUUUGUAAACGAGAAGUAAAGUUGCUUGGAAGACAAUAUUUUUUACUUAAUGAUUUUUUCAACUGUGUGGUUGAUUGUAUUAGGAGUUCCAUAUAAUUUUUUUAUGAGUGCAAAUAAACGAGUAAGAGGUCCCUAUUAAUUUUUGACAAGCAUUGGAAUUCUCAUACAGAUACCAGUUUGUGGUAUAAACACACAAUAUAUUUUAAUAUAGUUUUGAUUUAUCUUUACGGAUUGAAUUAUAAGAAUGACGCAUGUCAAACAGCAUAUAGUGCUCAAGAAAUAUAUUUGGUUAUUGCUGUAUUGCAAUUGGUGAUGCUGCUUCUAUACUUUGCAUACUACAAAGUACUCAUUUAGUUUAAUAUAGAAAUUUGAAAAAGAAAGACAGAAUUAAGAAAUUUCAAAAGAAUUAGUGAAUUUAUCAACAACUACUGCAUCUACUAAAUUGUCGAGCACAAAGUACACAUUAAAAAAAUGAAAAUGCAAC